UUUUCUUCGCCGUUUUCGCUGCUGUCAGUUUAUGAGAAAACAAAAAAAUAUGUACCCAAUUCGCCCAAAAUGGUGGUAUUGUGUGGUCUUGUUGUUGUUGUUGGUGGCAAAAUCUAAAUGGAAAAAUACACAAGCACGCGUUAAUUUUCUUCAUUAACAAAUAUUUAACUUAAUUUAUUACAACAUAUAGUUGAUGUUUAUUAUCUAAAAUGGAAGAAAUCCUGGGACAGUCUAUGCAACCCCCUAUAAAUCUUAAAGAUUAUCUUUUAAAUUAUAAAAAGAAAUUUAAACAUCCCUAUAAUCUACCUCCUGCUGAUAUAAAUAUAGCAGAAGCCUUGCAUCUUUCCGAUGAUGAUGAACAAUACAAGACCAUAGAGGCAAAUUGUUCUCUAGAGCAUUUAAAACAGCCUAGUGAUCCACGUGUGGCCGAUUUUGUACCCGGCUAUUCUGAAAUACCCCGAAAAACUACUGCCAAUAUAGAUAUAAAAAGCGUGAAACUAAAAACCUUUGAACUGUUAAUAAAACAUAAACAAUGCAAAAAACCAAGUGCAUUUCAACGCUCAAGGGAGUGUUUUACAAUGAUGAAACUGCCUGCAGCAUCUAAAGAAACAACAGAGCCCUAUAUACAACCCGGUGAAGAAAUUAUUGUUUAUGUACGAUUUUAUCGUCCGGCGCGUGCCACCCAUAUUGGUCGCACUUUGGAAAAGCCAGUUUUUUCGCAGGAAUUUGCGUGUCUGGGCCGGAAUUUCCUAAGUGAAUUGCGUGAUAAAGUUUAUUGCGUCUGCAAUAAUAAACGAUUUUUCGAUGUAAGCGAACAACCCGAGGAGCCUUUACCUACUAAAGACACAGAUCCUGGUUUCUUUUUCAUAACUGAUACCUUUUACAAUGAUAAACGUAAUCCUCUAAAUAUGGAUUACUCUCAAACCAUACGCAGUUGGGCCAAAAAAGCCAAAGGUUUAAAUAAUCUCGACUUUAAAGUAGCUUGUCUAGAGGAAACCCGUUUUAUUGAUCUGACUGUCAGCUUGGGAUUUCCACAACUCUAUCUGCAUCAUGGUAACUGUGAACAUGUUUUUGUCUUUUCAAAUAUCGAGAUUAUAACAAAUCCAGGUUUACAACUUUUACCCUCCAUAUCCAACUAUCCCUGUGUCCUGACCAUUAGCCGCUUUAAUACACAAACAUGUAAUAUAUGCGGUAAAAUGAAUUACGUUUAUGUAGUCCUGGGUAGUAAUCGUCAACUACAGGAUCCCGCCUACUUAUGCAAACAAUGUUUUAUCUCCUUUCAUUAUGUGGAUGGUAAGAAAAUUGGUGAAUUUGCGGCGUAUCGUUUAAAUGAUGAAAUACAAAGGCCAGGAGUCGACGAUAUUGAAGUAUACAAUGGUGGCGAGGAGAUUACACAGGAAAAUUUAAAUGGUGAUCAAAUUGAUCAUGAUGAUGAUGAUUCGGAAAACUCGGAAGAAAUUGAUAUAAUUAUAAAAGAGGAAGUAAUUUGUAAUACCGAUGAUAACUGACUUUAUUCUAUUUGUAUGUUUGUGUAUAAAGUCGUUUGGAAUUGUUUUAAAUGAAUUCAAUUAGAUUCUGGGAGACUCUAACUUAAUUUCCUGUUAAUAAUUUUCUAUAAAUCAAAAAUUUAUCGAAAAUUUGCUAAAAAUUUAAUAUUUAUCGAAAUUUUUCUAUAAACUGAAAAUGUAUAAAAUUGUCUUUAAAUUGUAAAUUUAUCAAAAAUAUUUUAUAAAUUUAAAUUUCAUCGAAAAUAUUCUAUAAAUUUUAAAUUUAUUUAAAAUAUUCUAUAAAUUGAAAAAUCAUCGAAAAUAUUCUAUAAAUUUAAAACUCAUCAAAAAUAUUCUAAAAAUUGAUGAUUUAUCGAAAAUUUUUUAAAAAAAUAAAUAAAUUCAUAGAAAAUUACUAUAAAAUUUAUAGUAUAAAUCAAAAAUUUUCUAUAAAUUCAAAUACUAAUGUAUAGAAUAUAUUCUAAAAAUCAAAAAUUAUCGAAAAUUAUUCGUAAAUAAAAAUUUAUUUUUAUAAAUACGCCUGGUAACCAUGCAAAAUCCAACUGUCACUCUCUCGUUCUGUCUUGUAUGAAGAAGAAGAAAGUAACAAAGAAAAAUUGUAACAAAAACACACACACUCUACAAACAUACAAUAAAAUAAAUUUUUGUUAUCUGUGCGAAA